AUGGCCAUGAUUGAGACGUCCCCGCUCCCUGCUGAUCGUCAAGAACGCCCAGGCCGCAGACGGCCCUUCACUACGUGGGUCAAGAAGCUUGCUAGCUUCAAGAACAACUCGACCUCCGACGGUGGCCGCCACGGCCAUUUCAAGCGCGAUGCUGGCCCCAAAGGAUCCAAGAAGCGAUCCUCCAAGAACAACAACCCCUAUCCCCAAUCCGGCCGCAUCACUAUCGCGCAUCCUGCUCAUCACAGUCAUCCGUCUUUCUCGACAGCCCAAAGCGCGGUAAUAUCGGAACCAUCACUCGUUCAAAAUCAGUCGUCAACACGAACAUCCACCGAAGAAGACGUGCCUCCUACCGCCGGCGGCGCAUCUGUGGCACAGACGAUAUCCACUGAGCCCGAGGCGACUCGUUCGAUUCAUGCCCCAUCGCAGAUUGCUUCUUCGGUAGCAGGCACCAGUCGGACCGCGAACGGCUACCUCGACUCUCGAAAGGGCGGAGAUAGCACUUUCUCUUCGCCUGCGCCCUCGGUGCGAUCCCUGACUACGACUCUCACCACCAUCCAGUCUCUGGGACCGAACGCCGCUGUCAAUGUCCCACACCACACAGGCCACCACUCAACCAAUCAGGGCAACUCGCAGACGAUUCAGUUUACUCAGCCUUUCCCGACAAAUUCCCCCGCCUCUGCCAUUCCCCCAUAUCUCGCACCGCACUUGGGCCCUGGCCAUCCAACGACCUACAACACGGCUACUGCCAAUAACCUCCUUACCGACAAUGCAUCCAUUCUUACGCUCGCUUCUUCCACCAAGAGGCGACGUCGGAGAUCUAUGGACACUGACGCAUCGGUGCGAGCUCUAGCACCUUCGUCUGUAUGGGGAGGUAGCCGCGAGAGCCUGCCGCUCAGCGUCCUCAGCGCCAACAUCGACAGCGGCCUCCACCAGUCAACCUCGCGGCUCGGCGGAAACGAACGCGCGAGCAUCUACUCGACGACGGGCGUGACGCCGAGUCUUCCAGGGGAGCGGACCAGUCUAUACGCUGGAAAGCAGAGCCUCGCAGGUGACGGGGCCAGCAUCCGCAGCGGGCUUUUCGGACAUGGCCGCGCCGACAGCAUCAGCGGCAGUGUGGUGGGCGUCGGCAGCCCCCUCGUCUCUCCCAGGGAAGUCGCAGAGAAGAGCGCUGUCGCCGAAGAGAAGGACGAAGGCGGGGCGCAAACGGAAAGGGAGUAA